AUGCGCUGGCUAUUAGUUAAAGAACAAGAAGACAAGUUAGAAGAAAUCCAUAAAAAACUGGACAAAUGUGAAGGAAAAGGGCGCAAGCUUAAUAAAUUGAUACACAAUAAAGAUGAAGUUAAUAGCAUCUUGACGCAGAAAAUUGCAGAAUCCUUUGAAGACAUUCAAGUUAAAAACAAAGAUUACUCUAAUGUCAAUCAAUCGUUACUGAAAAUACAAGGUCAACUCGACGAAAUUAUUAGAAAGCGUUCAGAAAUUGAGAUGAAAAUGGAAUCGUUAAAAAAGAAAAAAUGGCGCCUGGAAAAACAUAUUGUUAUAAAAUUCGCAUUUGUAAGAUACAGUCCGUAUCUUCGGGGAUGACGAUUAACAGCUACCCAGUACAUCCCCUAUCCGUAGAGUCAUUUGUCCUAAUAGUUCUUAAGGGAUGACGACUAACAGC